AUGCCGGUCGACCAUUCGCCCAAGCACGCCUCGGGAAGUGAAAAAUCGGCAAAUGAAUUUCGCAACGUGAAAUUGGCUGCAUUCUGGCGAAAUCGGCCAAAAUUAUGGUUCGCGGCCAUUGAAUGCGAAUUUACUGCCUACCGCAUACGCUCAGACGAGAUCAAAUAUAGUGCAGUCGUCAGACAUCUUGACGAACAUUCGAUGAUCGCAGUAGCCGACAUCCUGGAACAACCGCCAACGACAGGCACAAACGUUACCGAUAACAUGUUAAGGACGUUAUGGCUUCAAAGACUCCCUCCCAGAAUCCAAGAAUUGUUAGCUGUGUUAGAUGAGGUAAGCCUUGACAAACUCGCAGCUUGUGCCGAUAAAGCACACGACAGAGGAGCAGGACAUGGGACCAUAGCUUCAACAAGUGUCUCGCAGCCGGACUCUAUGCAGACUUUAAACAAUCAAAUCAGUAAACUCACUAAGUCCGUAGCCGCUAUAGGAAAAAGAAGAGCACGUACUAGAUCUAGAGAAAGCUUGGAAAUGCCUACUCCCAUGCGACUCGAAACAUCCCUUAGCCCAACGGGAAAACUCCAGCAGCCGCCGGCAAUAGGAGCCGUAUCCGACGGUUAUAAUCAGCGCAGGCUCCAUGUCAAGGACCAAAAUAGUGGAUUACGUUUCUUGGUAGACACCGGUGCAGACAUCUCGUUGUUGCCAAAGAAAGCUAUAGACAGGAAAGCAAAACAAUCAGCAUUACAACUGUACGCAGCUAGGGUUGCCAGACGUCCGGCUUUAGCCGGACAUGUUUGGCUUUUUACAGUUGAGUCCGGCUAA